UUCAUAUCAUGGCGACUCUUUGAAGUCCAAAAGUCUGCAGGUAAAUUAUGGAUCGGAUGUAAAACUGAAAAUGUAGCUGCACACAAGUGUUUUUCUUCUUCUCAAGAGCCAUGCCUCUUCCCGUUCGAAUCGUGGAGCCCAUUAUUUUGGGCCGUAAGGCGGACGAAAUCGAAGAAAGUGAGGAUAUUGUGGCGGCCCAGAUAGCGGUAACUCAGCACACCGUGUUGGGCGCGUUGGUUCAACUGGCGACUCUCGUGCGACAUGCAGACGACCUUUUCUGUGAUCUUACCGACGAGUGUCAGAAGAUUUUCGACAGGACCGAGCUCAUCACCCACAAAAUCAACAUUUGCACUGAUAUAAUACGUCAGCUGGAUUCGAAGAAAGUUAAAAUACCGGUGGGUGAUCUCAAACAGUUUACUGGAAUCCAGGAUCACCAUGUCGGCAAACACGGCUAUGACAGUCACAUGUUCACUCAGGAUGAGCGAAUGCACUGCAUCAAAAACCUCUACAGCAUUGCGGACAUCACACCAUCCAAAAUCCUGCGUGGCGCUGAUGCGUUCAGAAAGGACGGACUGUACACCUCGAACCUGUUCAAACUGUGGCCCAUCGUCAUCAACGAGCCCAAGGUCAAAACACCGGAUCUCAGUUUCUGUCGAAGGGGUAAAAAAAUCUUGAUACUGAGAAAUGGAUUCCGAAAGCCCAGGCAACCAUCUCUGGAUCGACCUCGUACAUUUCACGAGUUUGAAAUGGACAGCAACAAGAAAACUGAAGAGGAAGAAGAGAAAAACAAUCUUUCCAAAUCUCAACCCUCUAUCUUUGUUGCCAUAGAUACAUCUGGAUCUGGCUUUCAGCGGAUGCGUUCGUUUCGUCAGUCGUUACAUGGCACCAGUUCUGAAGAAUACAAGAAACGCAGGCGCACGGUGUCAGGAGUUCCAGACAACAUCAUGCAUGAAAUCGCUCAGUUUGAAAGAAAACGUAGAAACACAACACACUUUGGGAAUCGGAACGAGCCGAGAACGUACAGUUUUGACGAUCUCGAUGCCGAUGAUGGUGUUAACAGAGACGAGAUUUUGGCUCAGUUUUUUGACGAAAUUGAUGCAAAGUUUGAAGAGAGACUGGAAGAAGAGCAGCUGGCUAAAGAACCAAAGAUUUUGAAAUUCUUGCCUUGCAGACGUUCGCGCUCCUUACCUCGGUGUGUCAAGUCUUCUUAUAAACUCUCAACUACUACAGCAACCCCGGAACAAUACUGUCCCAACAUAAGUCUCGGCUGCAGUUACGCCAGCAGCAUUAGUCUGACCAGCAGCUUGGGUUCCGGUUCCAGGCUGUCCAGAUCAUCAUCAAAACGGUCCAGCAUUAUUAGCAACAAGAUUAAAAAUCUCGUACAUUCUAGAACCAAUAAAAGCAGCAAGCAGACUCGUCCCAAGUCUCUGGACUUUGACACUAUCGACCUUCUGCCUGAAACGGACCAAUCUCACCUCGACAGAUUUACGUCCCCUAGCAUGCCAAAUGGUAUGGAGACGACCACGUCCUCUCGCGACAGUGUUGUGGGUCCAGGAACAUACUACUACUUUGAAAGCAACACAGUGCCACGAGCCCAUGCAAAGAAAUACAACUUCCCGUGGGAGAGUCUGCCCAAGGACUGGACAACGUCCGUCAAAUUGAGAGAAAUAUCCAAGAGGAAAAACACUGAAGACCGAAAUUCUUCUUCAGGUGCCUGGAGUGCCAGUGGGGGAAGCAGUAACCGUCAGUCUCUGGACUCUGCGAAGUCCAGCAUGCCUCUAUCGACAUCACAGUAUUCUCUGGGCAAGGAUUCUGGGAGAGAUUCUCCGUCAUUGACUGACGACCGCCCUGAGUCUGACACGGCUGGGUACGCUGGUGAUCAGGCCAGCACAGUUGCUGGUGAUGAGACUGAUUCUGACAUCAACGCAAACUUCUCAAAGAUCGGGACAGAUGCCUGGUUGAAGAGGCUGGCAAUUCGAGCAGCGAGUCGUGACGAUGUUUCAUCUAGCAGUGCAGAAACAUUACAUUCCCUGUCACAACUGACCAAACAGAAUAUUAUGACUCUUGAUCUGAUGUCGCCAGCGUUGAAAGGUCCCCAGAAGCUAGAUGAUGAGGUAUCCUCGGUGUAUUCGCUCGACCAGGAAGGGUUCUAUACGUCCUUCCAUACAGACAGUGGCUUGCGGCAGAGCACUGCCAAUCUUGAUGAAAGUGAUGAUAAAAUAUUCCCCGUGAAGGAAACGCAGAGCAUGCUCAGCAUGUGUAGCACAAAUACAGUAGAAAGUGUCAUCUUCCGUCCAGCAUUAAGUGACAAGACUGUUUCAUCCGAUCAGGGAACUCUGAAAAGGAAUAAAGUACCGCCACCUCCUCCAAAACGAUCCUGCAGCAUUGACCGUGUCGCCUUCUUGCAAGACAAAGACAGUGGCAGUUCUAGUGAUAGCUCAGCAACACUCCGGGGAUCAUCUGCCAAGAACGAACCUGAAUUGAUUCUUGACUCGUCCUUCUCCGAAUCUGACCAGGAAACCAUCUAUGCACGUUUGAAAUCGAAGACGAGGAUAUCUUCAACCAUGUACCCUUCUUGGUGCUCAGUAUCCUCUCCAUCCACCAGUGAUGAAGACGGAACUCCUGAAUCUCCCAAGGAGAAGCUGAACAGACUAGAGAAUGCAGCUGGUCCUACUGCUUCCAAAACCAUUUCGUUUUCGCCUUUUGAUGGAAGCUCUAGCCAGAAGUCUGUAGUUUUAAGUUCAACAAUGGACGACCCUUUGAUGAUUCCUACAUCACUAGGUGUCUCGGGUAAAGGGAAAGUCGAGGAAGAUUGGAGCGACAGUAAAGUUCCAACAUGCAUUGCUUCCAUGAAAUGGGAUGAAGAUGAUUAUUCAACAAAUUCAUGGCCAAGGACAAGUGUUCAGCCAUCUUGUGGCAUACUGAAAAUGGAGAAAUCCUCAACGGGGAGGUCGGACAAAACUCUAAAUUUUGCACCAACAGUAAACCUGUUUGAUUCAGUUGUACCAAAAACCAUGGAAUUAACUUUACCAGACAUAGCCCCAUCAGAGGAAAACAGCUCUUUGAUAAUGAAUUUUGCUGAUGCACCAGAUCAUGGUUAUAAGCUAGCUAUUCCUCUGGUUAGUCCAGAAAAGGAAAAGGAUCUAACUGAUUUACCGAUGAAAUACCAGCCUGUUAUUACUGUAAAACCAAGGCCAAAAGAAUCACAGAGGGGAGCUUAUGUUAAGCUGUCUCCAGGAUCGCAGUCCGAAAAGUCAUCACACAUUGUAUAUAACACAACUGUAAUCAAACCCCAGAGUUCUACACCUGUGAAGUCGAGUAUCCACUAUGCAGUCGGCCAGCUGAAUGGCAAUGGAGGCCCGCGAGUUAAAGCACCCCAUUUGUCUUCCGACCUAAAUUCUCACACCUCAGGAAGUUCGUCAUCAAUACCAUCCAUGUCUUCCUCCGACUGUGGUUACAUGGAUAUGCAGACACUAAAAAAUGCCAGAUCCUCAGACACAUUGAGUACCAACAGUUCUCUGUGUCUGUCGGACAUGGAUUCCAGUAGUUUGACCUAUGUUAGUAUGUCUAGUCCAAUCUCUACACCCUCCAACUCCAUGCUCACCCUGACACCAGAUUCUACUCUAGAUAUAUCAUCAGACAAUGACACUUACAGAAUUCCUGCAGUAACCCUCAUGGAUGGUGCCAAGAUGGUGGCUCCAGUGACUCUUCCAAGUGCUCCAGUAAUAAAGAGAGAGAUGACUUCUGCACCAAAGUCGUCUCUAAAUACUUUUGGUUCAUUUGUGGAUACGAACAGCAGCUGUUUGAAUCCACCAUCACAUUCAGACAAAACAUUGCACAGGUCUUCUACAAGUCCUUCCCUUAAUAAUGGAAGAUACCAAAAGGUUUCAAAUUACAGAAGUUCCACACCAGAGUGUAAUACUUGGCCCAGUGCUGGUGCAGCUGGAAGACAGUCAUCAUCCAGCAACAGGCUGAAUCCAGGCAGAUCUCCAAGCCAACAGACAAUUCAUCAACUUUCAAACCCGUUUGGUUGUGACAAAUCGGACCACUGUCCACAGUCGUGUCCUUUACCUCACUGCCAGUCAACUCACCGGUCUCCAUCGGGGCAGCCUCCGUGUUCCCAUCAUCCACAUGCAACUGAUUCAUCAAAUCAUGUCCAACGGUCCUAUAGUCUUUCAAAACAAAACCAGAAUUUUCAAAGUACAAACCAUUCUGUGAAGUCACCAACCAGCCAGAGUCCCUCGCAAUCUCCUAAUAAUACUAGUCGGACUGAUUCUUACCGUUAUGCAAUGAAACAGGAAUUUGAAAGGGGUGCUUCCAGGAGGAUGAAUCCAGAGUCGUACAGUCGACCUGUCAGUCACCCUAAAUCAUUUCACAGCUCUUCGGCCUCUGCUGUUGCUUCUCCUCCAGAGGAAGUUAUCAACAGGGCUGACUCUUAUCGGUUUGCAGUCAGAAAUACAAAUGGAGUUGUCGGGGAUAGUGAUUCAAGAAAUUCAUCUUACCGUUUUUCCCUGAAUGAGGAGGCAACUGACAGCCGAUUUGAAGCAAUAAACCGAUGGAGUGGCAGUGGAAAGGAUAUUCGCAGAAUGGGAAUUACCGACAUAGAUCAGUUGAAGUGUUAUUCGGAUGACGAUUCAGCUAAAAUGACCAAAGAGAAGAGCAGUGGUAGUCUGUUUGCCACAAUCAACCAGUCGAAAAAGAAGAUGAACAUGAAAGGGGAUAUUGAGUCCCUACUGAAGGUGAAUAAAUCUCCCUCACCCGAAACCAGUGUGCGAAAAUCAUACAGAAAUGACAAAGGUGACAUCAACAGUUUGUUGAGACCCAACAUGUCACCGUCUCCUGACUCUGUUGUCAGGAGAUCAGGGAAGAGUGACAAGGAUAAAUCCAAGUCCAAAGCACGAACUUCCACUUACAUAAGAUUUGACCCAAUAUUCGAGGACAAAGAAGAUUUCUUGAACUCCUCCAGUGAGACUCUCCGUGCCUCGUCUCUCAGACUCUCUGCUGCGCCUUCCACCGAGACAUUGUCCACGUGUGAUGAUGGACCGCUACUCAGCAGACAACUGCAGGCUCCAGCAAAACGAAGUGCUAGUGGAAAGAAACCAGUAGAUGAAAAGGCUGUCAUGUCCAUCCUGGACAGCAUCAAGUCAACCAUUAAAUCAAUUUCCGGCAAUAGUAACUGACAAUCCCUGUGAUUCUGCAGGGCACCUUUCAUCUGUUCACUAUGUUAGAAACAUCCAUUGUUAAUAAUCUUAACACUGUUUUCUUAAGUUGGAGCCAAAGAGAGAAUUUUUAUAAUCAUGGAUCCAGAAUUUUGGUUUCCAUUUUUUAUUAUUAAUUUUUUAAAUUAUAUAUAAUUAUGUGAUGCAUGGAAAUAUAUAUAUGUACUUUUUGGCAUCACAAGAAUGUUGUUUUGUUCUUGGUUUUUGAAAAGAGAACUGAAUGAGGUACAUACACUGUAUGAAUUUGAAUUGCUUUAGUGUAUUUGAGCCAAAGAAACUUCUUAAAAGUUAACUCUAUUUUAAAAUUGUUAAAUAGAAGCUAUUUUACUACAUUCUUUUUAUACCCAAUAACGAGUAAAAAGUGUUAUUCCUACUUUGCUUUGAUGUAAGUGCUACAAAGACUCUUACAAAAUACCGGUAAGAUAAACAUUCCAGAUAUUAUUUGAAAACAAGAAUAACACUGUUAUUCAUAUGUGACAACAUUCUUUAUAAUUUUCAGUAUGGUACGUACAACAUACAGCUGAGAUGGGGAACUCACAAAUUGUGUCACUUUUCAAGAGAAUUGUCCAAAAAGCAUGAUAUAACUGAAAUAGCUUUUAUUUAAAAAUACAGCUGAGAUGGGGAACUCACAAAUUGUGUCACUUUUCAAGAGAAUUGUCCAAAAAGCAUGAUAUAACUGAAAUAGCUUUUAUUUAAAAAUGAAAAAAUAUACACAACUUAACAAAACAUUUUCAUGUCUGGUUUUAACUUUACUUUAUUAUAAAGGUUAACUUUUAAGAAGAGUUUCACUAGCAGUUUGACAUGCUUACAGGAGAAAUGGUGAAAUUGGACCAAAAUCGGUUUUCAAUAAAUAAAAUAGAAAAUCCAGGUGACUUUUAAAAAAAUAUAUUUUUAAUUUUUAAAUACCAGCUUUACCUCAUUUAAAUGUUAACUGUUAUUCUGCAUUUGUUGAUGUUGAUGUUUCUUAAUGUGUAUAUUGUUUGUUUAAUUUGGGAGAUCCUUAGUGCCCAUACCAUUUGAAUAACAGUACAUAGCCACAAAUAUCUUUUUGUAAAGGAUGAUUUAAUAGUCAUCUAAUGUCACAGUUGUCACUUUUCACUUCUGGGGCAAAUUGGUUAAAAAAAGCAGCUACUAAAUCACAUUUUUACUUCUGUAUUGCAUCCAACUGAACAUCCAAUAUGAGACUGAUGUUUGCAAAAGGUCCUGUAUGCUCAGUCUUUGUAGCUAUUUUGUAAAUGAUUCCCACUGAUCCUGCAAGGAUAUGUUGAUUUAAAGGAUUAACACUGUUUUUUGUUAUUCCAUUACAGGACCAUUAAAUACUGUUUUGUUAAUGUCUAGACAUUGUUUUUACUUCAAAAUGCAUGUCAUAUCCAUUUUGUUUUACUUUGCACUGAAAAUAAGUGCAGUAAAUGCAUGUUUAGAUAAGAAGUGUCAAACCUAGAUUCUAGGUGCAAUUCUAAUCAAAUGUUACAAAACACCAAUGGGUUCCAGAUUAAACAGACUUUAAUAUAUAUCAAUAUUUAAAAAUGUUGGUUAUUGUUGUUCAUUGUCAUACCUAACACAAUCAUUGAUAUAAAAAAUUAAAAGAAAAAAAUGUUGAUAGAUGCACAAUUGAAUGAUUUGCAUGCAGUAAUCUGGGAAAAUGCAGUACUUUUUAUUGUAUGAUUUAAAACAUGGAACAUACUGGACAAAAUAAUUCUGGAUUAAUUUUUACACCUUUCCUUUCAUGUGAACUUUCACACAGGUGAUGGCAUUAUAACCUCAACGUCACCCUCCUACCCCCCCCCACCCCCCCAACAAGAACAGAUGUUCGCUUUUAUAAAUACUGGAUGAAACAGAUUCUUAAAACAGAACAUUUAGAUUCGCAUACAAUAUUUUUUUGCUAGCUGACCAACGUAAGUAUUUAACAACAUGCAUUUUAAUAAGCAAGUUUAUUAAAAAUAUAUUUUCAAGGUUCAAAUUGUUUUCAGGAAUGAUUUUUUAGCCUAUGCUUAAAAAUAUUUUUCGACAUGAAAGUUGAUUUGGUUUGAUCUAAAAUGCUGAAAAAUUACUUCCAAAUGGUUUUUUGUCUUCAGCUCUUAUUUUUGAUGGGGGUCACCUCCAUGUUGUGUAUAUAAUGACUAGAUGUACUUUUUGUUUGUCGUGUGUAGGGACUGUGUUUCGAUUUUGUGUUAUUUAAUAGGCUCCUUGGUGCACAGAAUGUAAUAUUCUCAUUAGACAUUUGUGUAGUGUGUGGGACCUAGUUUAGUGAACAGAAUUUAUAGAAUAUUUCUCUUAUCUUUUCAUAGCUGAAGAACUUGCUGAUUGCUGUCUUAACAUAUAAUUCUAUGAAUAUAUUUGCUUGCAAAAAAAGGUAUCCUCUUGCAUAAAAAUAGCUUCUUUUCAUUGCAGUUCGAGUAAUGAAGAUUUUAAAUUACAACCAUAACACUACUUGUUCAUUGUUGAUGGAUAUAUUAAACUCUAAUUGUUUGUUUUUGAUACUGAAUUAAGAACAUCUUUUUGGUACCAGUAGAGUACAGCAUAAGAAAAAAAUAUAACAUACAUUUUAAUCAUGCACAACAAAAACAAGAGUUUACUACAACUCUUAACUCCAAUGAUUCUCAUUUCGAUGUUUUCAGUCCUUCACAACUGAAGAUACCAGGCAAUUAAUUAUUUGCUUCAUGUAUUAAGCUACAAAUGAGUGAAUGGUGGGAUGUGUACGGUAAAUGUAAACUUGUAUGUAAUAGUAUGGUAACAAUAAUUUAAGGAUGUAACAAAUACUGGAAUCGAAACAACCAGCAAAAGGCACACUGGUACCAUAUUUUAGGUGAUGAUAAAAACAACCAGCAAAAGGCACACUGGUACCAUAUUUUAGGUGGAUGAUAAAAACAACCAGCAAAAGGCACACUGGUACCAUAUUUUAGGUGAUGAUAAAAAGAACCAGCAAAAGGCACACUGGUUCCAUAUUUUAGGUGGAUGAUAAAAACAACCAGCAAAAGGCACACUGGUACCAUAUUUUAGGUGAUGAUAAAAAGAACCAGCAAAAGGCACACUGGUACCAUAUUUUAGGUGGAUGAUAAAAAGAACCAGCAAAAGGCACACUGGUACCAUAUUUUAGGUGGAUGAUAAAAACAACCAGCAAAAGGCACACUGGUACCAUAUUUUAGGUGAUGAUAAAAAGAACCAGCAAAAGGCACACUGGUACCAUAUUUUAGGUGGAUGAUAAAAACAACCAGCAAAAGGCACACUGGUACCAUAUUUUAGGUGAUGAUAAAAAGAACCAGCAAAAGGCACACUGGUACCAUAUUUUAGGUGGAUGAUAAAAACAACCAGCAAAAGGCACACUGGUACCAUAUUUUAGGUGAUGAUAAAAAGAACCAGCAAAAGGCACACUGGUACCAUAUUUUAGGUGGAUGAUAAAAACAACCAGCAAAAGGCACACUGGUACCAUAUUUUAGGUGAUGAUAAAAAGAACCAGCAAAAGGCACACUGGUACCAUAUUUUAGGUGGAUGA